AUUUUAUAUCUCCUGUGGGAAAUGAAAGCUCUCCAUUUCCAUUGAUCUCAGAAUCGCUCGCUUCGGAUAACCCUAAAUGAAACCAAUCUCACCCUUGUAAAGCUGCGGGGCGAUAUUGGUGGCGUAAGAGAUAACCUUCAAUCGUUAUCCCUGGCCAGUAGUAGGGUUGAAACUGCACUGUCCCGGCCGAGCCUACCAGGGUUGAAUUGUCAGCAGACCCUGCAAUCGUAUGCCGUGCUACAGCUAAUCUUCAGCCUCGUGUCCAAGUAUUAAGUUGAUGUAGCGUCGUCGCAGCUUCGGCGCUUUUCGGCAGUAUCAUUACCUGGCCCAAAUAAAGGUCAAUUUGAGCUCAGGUCAUUUUGCAAAUAUGGCUUCUCAUCAGCAAAGGUCCUACGCAGACUACACAGUCGGCUGGAUAUGUGCGCUCCCCUUGGAAAUGGCGGUUGCCAAAGCCAUGUUGGAUGAAAUUCACCCUCGCUUACCCCAAGCCCAGAACGACCACAACAUCUACACACUCGGGACGCUGCAUGGACACAAUGUCGUAAUCGCCUGUCUCCCCUCGGGUGUUUAUGGGUAUUCAUCAGCGUCUACUGUCGCUGCACAGAUGCUCAGCGCGUUCCCCGCCGUACGAUUUAGCCUUAUGGUGGGCAUUGGAGGCGGAGUCCCCGGUGCAGGAGGAAAUCAUGCUGACAUUAGGCUUGGAGACGUUGUGGUGAGUAAACCAACAGGCACCUUCGGUGGAGUCGUGCAGUAUGACUACGGGAAAACCAUCAGUAGAGGCCGCUUCAAACGAACCGGCACUCUUAAUAAGCCGCCGUCCAUUCUUCUUGCCGCUCUCGCCAAUCUUGAGGCGGAUCAUACGCUCGGUCUCUCACAGAUUGAUUCCUACCUCUCGCAGAUGCUGAUGCGGUAUCCUAGUCUGACCAAGUUUGCCUCCUGCCCGGGCCCACAAUUUGACAUUCUAUUUGAACCUGAGUAUCAUCACAUUGACUCUGCAGAUGGUACAUGUCGCAGUUGUAACCCUCGCUAUCUAGCGAGGCGGCCGUCCCGGCCAUCAGGCGAUGGUCCUCAAAUUCACUAUGGAUUGAUAGCGUCAGGGAAUCGGGUGAUGAAAGAUGGGCUAGUACGUGACCGAAUUGCGCGAGAUCUAGAAGAUAGCGUUCUAUGCUUUGAAAUGGAAGCAGCAGGUCUGAUGGACAAUUUCCCUUGUUUGGUCAUUCGCGGCAUUUCCGAUUAUGCAGACUCGCAUAAAAACAAACAAUGGAAGCCAUAUGCGGCAGCAGUGGCGGCGGCGUAUGCAAAAGAGCUAUUAUCUGUGAUUCCUGUAUGGCAUGUCCGGAAAGCUCCUCUCAUGCCUAGCGAUGUUCCUACGUCAAGCGACCUACCGCCAUCUGGGUAUAGAAGAUCUUAUAGUAAGAUGAAGGCUAAAGUCCCAGAAUGGCAAUCUGGCUUUGGGAGUGAACGCGAUCAGUAUCCUGCAUCCAUACAACAGGGCGGUACCUGGUUUCAGGGCCCGGUUUCAAACAAUGGUGUUAUAAUGGGGAAUAUCAACUCAACCAACGGGCAUCAAGUGCAUGUCUUGGGAUCUCCGGGGGCGGCAGUAUAUCUAAAUGCCUCUGAGCAAUAGACGAACAGUAAGGGAAUGGCAAGGGGGAAAGUUUAACAAUAAAAAGUUUAGGUUUGCAACGGUGCUGCCGGUCGAAGCAGGUCGUCGAGGGUUUGGGACGAUAAUUUACCUGAAUAAAGAUUAUUAGAUCUUCUCUGCAGUACAAAGACAUGCUACAUGGCUCUAGAAAGCACUCUAGAAAGUAUUUCAUAGCAGUUGAUUUU